CCGCUUGCUCACGAACGGAACGGUCGACUACCUCCGUCUGGUGGUAUAAUCUUUACUCCUCGCGCUCCGUCAUAUUCGUAUUAUUCUCACAUUAUUAUGAUCGGCCUUCGGCGGUUCAACGGUGGAGGCGGCGGCAUGACGUGUCUUCAUCCAGUUCAUUAUGCGAACAGUCCAUGAUUGGAGUGAAACCUUUUUAUUAAUUAUCAUAUUAUUGCAUUCUAUGGUAUUUUCCGUUUAGUCGUACGACGCGACACGGAGGCUGUAAACCGUACCUACUCGAAGUUAUCGCAGUUUACCAAUCACGCUCGCUACUAAUCGCGAACAGUGGUCACAAAAGUUGGCUACGAUGCGCGCGCGAUCUUGGAGAGUUAAACCACCCACUCACAGUAUGUGUUGCGAUCGCAACCAUUGGAUAUAAAGCUCGGCGCCACUGGCAUCACUGGCUCCAUGUGGGGCACUAGGACGGGGUGUUUCUACAAUACUACAAUUAAUAGCUGUACAAUUUAACGAUUGUAAAGGUAGCUUCGGACGACAUUUAUACGGCAUUCCGAUCGCGGACCACCUACGACUCUUAGCCUCGUCGCAGUCACCGUGUUAUGACGCAUGUAAGAAAACACAUUAUCUCUAUACUCUAGUGUUAGUCGUAUAAAUCUAUUACAUUCGCGACUCUACGGAGUACGGACCAGUGGACCACCUGUACGUUUUCAGUUUUUCACUUAAAAUGCGCCGACAGCGUCCAAAAAUGGAUGAAAAAUGGCCAAGACCUAGUCCCUAUGGUAAUGAUUUCCGUCGCCGUUUGAAUGAAUUGAAACAAACAUUAAAACCAUCCCAAAAUAAACACUCUACUGAAUACAUAAGUAAGAUCACCAGGUCAUCUAGACUACCCAGACAUAUGGAUAGAAUUGAAGAAAUAUCAUCAGAAUCUUCCUGUCGAGAUACUCAGAGUUGCCUUCAAAACGUGGUGGAUACUAUUACUCCUAGAGGCGUCCUAGCUAAAUAUAAAUCGCCCCAACUCGACAUGAUGACAGAGGACUUGUCUAAAAUGUUCAAUCAUGCCGACUUUAACAUAUCUAUGAUGGCGAACAACAAAAUAAAUCACAUUAACAUCAACUCGUCAGCAAAUAAAACCAACAUAGUGAAUCUCGGUAACAUCAGUUUGCCAGCUAUAUCUGCCUCUGAAGUGAGUCAUAUGAACAUUGACCUGUCAGCAAAUAAAUCCAACACAGUGAGUUGCAGUAACAUCAGUUGUCCAGCUAAAGCGGUUAACGAAAUGAAUCAUGUUAACAAUGGUUUGUCAGCGUAUUAUAACAACAAAGUGAAUUGUGGUAAGACUGAGUCAUCAGAUAUUGUAACAAACAAAUUGAAAAAUAUGCAAUUGUAAACUAAAUUAUAAUAAUAGACAAUAAGAAAGGUUAAGUUUUUUAUUUAGCUUUAUUACUUUUUAUAGGAGAUAAAUCUUCAUAUUAAUUGAGUUGAGAGGACAUCACAUCCACUGUCUUGUCUCUGUCUUGUAAUAGUAUAACAUGGUAAAUGUUAUGUUUACAAUAAUCCAUUUUACUUUGUUAUUUUUAAAAUUAGAAUGCAUUCACCUAGUAUAAUAUGUAAAGGUAAAAUUGUUAACCAUAUCAUGAUCUGAUAUCUGAUAAUCUAAGAAUUUUAUUGAUAUAUGAACUACUUACGGUUUUAUAAUAUAAGAUUAAUUUUUAAAUCUACAAAAUAAAAAACUAUUUUAAAUGCUUGAAACUUAACAUUGCUUUUAUAAUUGUCAGUUAAGAUUCUUCUUAUUCGCCUUCAUCCCAACUAUUUAAGAUUGGCCACCUUUGUCCCUUUUUUAAUUUUAAAAAUAUCAGUAAAAUAAUAAAAUGAGUAAAAUGGAUUAUUAUGAAUAUACGAUUUAAUAUGUGUGUUAGCUGUAGACAACACAGUAUACAAGUGUAGUGUCCUCUUAACACGUUGACUGCGUACUGACGCCAAUCGGCGUCAUAAGGAUCAUUAAGCAACGCAUUUGGCAUCCAAUAUAUAUUUAAAGUAAAUGGUUUAUUAUUUUCUAAGCGUUGCUGAAUGUUGUUUUAUUAUUAUUUAGCGUUGUUAAACGUGUGUUUUAAAAAAUGUAUUUAUCCGAGGUUUCAACGUUUGACCAAAUAGGAUAAAAUUCUUAUGUUAUUUUUAGAAAAGUGGUAUACGCACUGUAUGAAAACUGCAAAAAAACAUACGCAGUUAACGUGUUAAA